AUGGGUAACGGAGCGAAAGCCUCGAUGAAGCGCGAGCGCAACCAAAAGGAUGGAAAAACUGCCAAAUCUCAGACCAAAUCCAAUGAGAAGGCUAUGAAUAUCCAAUGCCAGGUCUGCAGGCAGACGUUCCUUCAGACCACCAAAGCACCGGCUCUCCUCGAGCAUGCCUCCAACAAGCACAACAAGGGCCUUGCUGACUGCUUCCCAACUGUUAGCCAGUGA